AUAGUCUCGGGGGUGUUUCCUUUCCAUUUUUAUUGUACUUCCGACGAUCGCAGCAAGAGCAAGUCCGAUCAUGGAGAUGUGGCUACUCAUCUUCUUCUCCCUCGUCUUAUCUGCUGUCGUCGUCGCCCUCCUCCUCGAACAUGGAGCCAGGAAUCGAAGGCUACCACCCGGCCCACCGAUUUUGGCGAUCCUCGGCAACUUCCUGUACCACCGCUGGUUCCUCCUAAAGCCGGAGGCCGUCCUGCGAGAGCUCCACGCGCGGUACGGCUCCAUCAUAACGGUCCGCCUCGACUUGCAACUUACCAUCUUAAUCGCCGACCGCACCAUCGCGCACAAGGCGCUCGUCGAGCGCGGGGCCUUCUUCUCCGACCGUCCCGCCCCCACGCCGGCCUUCCGAUUAUUCAACGGAAGUCGGCACAUCAUCUCUUCCAGUGCCUACGGUCCGAUCUGGCGCCUCCUCCGCCGCAACCUCACCUCGGAGAUCCUCCACCCCGCCCGCGUCAAGCUGUACGCCGGCGGCCGAGCCUGGGUCCUCGGCCUCCUCACCCAGCACCUCCGGUCCCAGGCCGACUCCCACGACGGCGUGGUCGUUCCCAUAGAGAACUUCCAGUUCGCCAUGUUCUGUUUGCUGUGCCUCAUGUGCUUUGGCGAGAAGCUAGACGAGAAGGCCGUCAGGGACAUCAAGGACGCCCAGCGGAGCCGCCUCCUAUACGCCAGCAAGCUCCGCGUGCUAAACUUCGUACCAUGUAUCUCAAGGCACCUGUUUCGCAAUCGAUUGAAGACGGCCAUGGAGAUGGGGGAGAGACGGUCGCAACUUUACCUUCCCCUGAUCGAAGCCCGAAAGCGGUACAAGCAGCAGCACCUGCAAAAGAUGACGUCGAGCAAAGAAAAAGAAAGAUUCGUGGUUUCUUACGUGGAUUCCCUGCUCGACAUCGAGCUCCCGGAGGAAGGUGGAAGGAAGCUCUCUGACAACGAGGUGGUGUCCCUGUGCUCGGAGUUCCUGACCGGGGGCACGGACACGACGUCGACCGCGCUGCAGUGGAUCAUGGCGAACCUGGUGAAGCACCAAGGCAUUCAAACAAAGCUGUGGGAAGAGAUCGAGCGGGCCGCCGCGGGGAGCGGCGAGGAGGAGGAUAUCAAAGCGGAGGACCUGCAGAAGAUGCCGUACCUGAAGGCGGUGAUCAUGGAGGGUCUGCGGCGGCACCCGCCCGCCCACUUCCUGCCCCCGCGCGCGGUGACGGAGGACGUGAGCCUGUGCGGGUAUCUGAUUCCCAGGGAGGCGACGGUCAACUUCUUCGUGGCGGGGAUGAACUGGGACGAGAAGGCGUGGGAGGAGCCGAUGGAGUUCAAGCCGGAGAGAUUCCUGGGCAUCGAAGGAGGGGCGGUGGACAUCACGGGGAGCAGGGAGAUCAAGAUGAUGCCGUUCGGGGCCGGGAGGCGGAUAUGCCCGGGGCUGGGACUGGCCAGGCUCCACUUGCAGUACUUUGUAGCCAACCUGGUGAGGAGGUUCGAGUGGAAAGCCGUGGAGGGCGAGGAGGUCGACCUGAGCGAGAAGGUCGAGUUUGCUGUCGUCAUGAAGAAUCCACUGAGAGCUCGUCUCAUUCCGAGGAGGAAGACUUAGGAGCCUCGUAUGGUUGUAUCUACGUUUCAACUUUUGACUGCUUCAGAUGAUAUAGGAGUUCCCACAGCGAAGAAUAUGAGAUAGGUUGAAUUGGUGAGUACUUAUAUAUUAUGAUAUGUAGUGUGGGAUUAUAUAUAUAUAUAUAUAUAUAUAUAUUAUUAUGUAAGGUAUGAGAGUGCGUGUAUGUAUUAUGAUAUGCAGUGUAGGAGUACAUGUGUGUAUUAUGACGUG